CCCCCUUGUCAGCAGACAUCUUAAUCUCUCGGAAUUCAAAGAAAAUGAGAGAUUAUCUGAAGUUAUCGCUGCGUAAAUUGACAGUUGGUCAUUAAAUGCUCCGAUACGGGUUCUCCCCUUACAAAGCAUGUAACGUUACGUUUUGCCGGUUGUAAAAGUCUCCUGCAAGUUUGUGGUUCUGGUCUGUACAGAAUGUUUACGUGCUGGAGGCGGAGGGCGCGGCCGCGGGCGCUGACGUGUUGUGUUUAGGUCGAGGCGAGCAGCUAAAUGUCUCCUGCAAACUGAGGACCAGAACAGUGUUGCCACGGCCUAGGUGCCAUGGUCCUCCGUUACCCAUGAGCUCUACUAUGUGGUACAUCAUGCAGAGCAUUCAAAGUAAAUACUCCUUGUCCGAGCGGCUCAUCCGUACCAUCGCAGCCAUUCGCUCGUUCCCACACGACAAUGUGGAGGACCUCAUUCGUAAGGGAGCUGAUGUGAACCGGAUGCAUGGCACGCUGAAGCCCCUCCACUGUGCCUGUAUGGUGGCUGACGCUGACUGUGUAGAGCUGCUGCUGGAGAAAGGUGCCGAGGUGAAUGCUCUGGAUGGAUAUAACCGAACCGCGCUGCACUACGCGGCAGAGAAGGACGAGAGCUGCGUGGAGCUGCUGCUGGAGUACGGAGCCCACCCGAACGCCCUAGACGGCAACAAGGACACGCCGCUUCACUGGGCCGCCUUUAAAGACAACCCGGAGUGUGUGAGGGCCCUGCUAGAGAGCGGGGCCUGUCCCAAUGCGAGGGACUACAACAGUGACACGCCUUUGAGCUGGGCGGCAAUGAAGGGCAACCUGGAGAGCGUCAAAGUGCUACUAGACUACGGAGCCCAGGUCCACGUGACCAACCUGAAGGGCCAGACCCCCAUCUCCCGGCUGGUUGCCCUGUUGGCCCGGGGGCUGGGCACUGAACAAGAGGAGGAGUGCUUGGACCUGCUGUGCCGGGCGGCGGGGCGGUUUGAGAUCCGACGGGCCGACGGCACCCUUCCCAGGGAGCUGAGUAAGGAUCCCCAGCUGCUGGCGAGGCUGACCAACAUGGUGGCUCAGGCUCCCACGCUUCGCUCCCUGGCACGCUGUGCUGUCCGCCAGAGUCUUGGGGUCCAGUUCCUUCCCACCGCCGUAAAGGAGCUUCCUUUACCAGAGACCAUCAAAGACUAUUUACUGCUGAGAGACUGAGGGGAUUAAACCAUUGGGGAGCUCUGAGAUCUCACGGAGUUCAUCGUACUUCAUUUAUUGGCAAGGAAAUGUCGCUUUGAAAUAUUGUAUAUUUUCUGACAGCCCUCAUUUACCUAUCCUGGCAAAUGGGUACAGAGUUAUGCCCCGUAAGACAUUUAGCCUCUCCAAAUCCCCUUUUUUUUUUUCUUUUUUUUUUUUUGUUAAGUUAGUGGUUGAACAACAUCUGACUGAGUGGUGCUGAUUGGUAAGCCUGAUCAGUUCCAGUUGAUUUUUUUUUUUUUUUUUUUUUAAUCAAAAAAUGUACGCACAUUUUGGAAGCUCGCCUGUUUCAGUCUUUUCACGGCUCAGUCAGGACAGAAAGGAACUAUAACGACGGGGUUGUUGUUUUGAGUAGGCUUAUACUUUUAUUUGGCUAAAUGUACAUUAAGUAUUUUACAUUUUAAUGCUUAAAUGUAGUUAAUUAUGGUUUUGUCACAGAGCAUGAGGAAAGUCUUAAAUGUAGAGUUUGAUGGUAUAAUUAGUCUAUCCUCGUGGCGAGAUUAGGUUUAAAUGUAUAAUAGAUUUGCUAAAUAGCAACUAAUGUCUAAUGAUGCAGGCUUUUCAGAAAUUCUGUCAAGAUGAUGCAGUUCCUGAUGUAUCGCUCAGGAACGAAUGUUUUGUCACUUUGGCAGUUACGAGGAGAAAAAAAAAUACCGAAAGGUUGUGCCAAACGGGAACAGUUUUUAAUUUGGUACCGUUUAUGUAGGAGGAACAAUGUUUCAUACUGUUCAUUGGUCUCAUGAAAUGUACCAGGCAGACUAAUCUUCAUCGAGCCCUCUGAAAAUGUUCCUCUGUUGAUAAAUGUUAUGUCAACAGGCCUGCUGAUACAUGUGAUUUGCUAUUUAUUUGGACUUUAUUUUAAUCAAGGUCAUCCUUGCCAAGGAGGAAUAAGUGUUCUUAUUUCUCUCCAACUGAUGUUUUAAGUCUUUAGUGAAGUUUGGGUUUUGCUUCCAGUUCUAAAAUUUACUGCAUAUGAUAAAAAAAGACUUUUACGUAGAAAUUAAAUGUUUAAAUGUAAAAACAUGAAAUGGCAUGAUUACAGUUUUUCUCUUGAAAUAUUCACUAAAUUUGAUUGCAAACUGAGUUUUAUGUUUGUCAUGCCAUCCGUCGGAAAUCUGAUCAUCUCUGUAACUGGUUUUGUCUUCUGCCCCUAAACCCCUAAAGUAACGUCUUGUGUACACCUUCAGAAGUGCUUUGUUUUUUCUUUGUUAAUGGAAUUAAAUGCCAUUUCUAUUCUUUU